AUAACUGCCAAGUUCACUUGUCCUUUUUCACUCUCCUCUUCACUUUGCUCAUGACUUAUCAAUCUCAGAUGGAGGAGGAGAUAGUCGGAUUCAGGUUCCACCCAACCGGUUACGAGCUCGUGAAUCAUCACUUGAAGAGGAAGCUUCAGAAGAUUGACGAGAAUCGUUGUAUGAUUCCCGAUGUUAACAUCUACGACUACAACCCACAGGAUUUGCAUGCCGUCUACAAUGAGAAAUCGUGUAAGAGAUCAACCAGCUCGGACAGCUUUUUCUUCUGUCCUCGCAACAGAUUGAAUCCUAACUCAGACCGUAAUAAGAGGCAAGCCCGAGGCGGGUACUGGAAAGAGACCGGUGAGAAGAAGUACAUUGAGGAAGAGGAAACAGGGAAGACGAUCGGGACCAAGAGAAUCUUGGUCUUUUACAGCGGUAAACAGGGAAACGCCCACGCGACGGAGUGGGCCAUGCACGAAUAUCACCUAAAUGCGGAUGCUGCAGACAGCACCAUCACCGACCAGAUGGCUAUCGCACUUUGUCACGUAAAAAAGAAGGCACGAAACAAGAAGGGUAACUUGAAGAAGCAGCAAAGCAAGAAGGGAAACUCAAAGAAGCAACAGAGCAAGCAUGGCAACUCAAAGAAGCAGCAGAGCAAGAAGGCUGGUUCUCCUUCCUAUGAGGCCGAUUCAAGCAGCCAUGGGAUUGAAACUCAGGAAAAAAAUUUUCAGGAAUUCUCACUGCUUGGUGGGCAAGAAAACGUCCUGGCUCAGCCAGAGAAAGGCUCUCCAAGUGUCGGUGUAUAUUCUCCCGAGCAAUUCCCGAUGGCGGAGCAAUUGGCUACUGUUAACCAUGGUUUUUACAACAAACACAGAUACACGCAUAACAUGACUUACGAGCAAAGUAACACCAAUAUGCAAAGCGGAUUAGAAAACUUUGGAAGCAAUGAAACAAGCCAGAACUCAACUUUCAUUGGACAACCUUCUGUGGAAUCGUCAGUCUUUGGACGGCUGGAUUAUACAGCGAGAGGAACAUGCCAUAGUGAAGACAACACUUUACAUAACGAUGACUGUGAAGAUGGUAUCUGCCUCUGGGAGAUGGAUUUCUGGAGAGAUGAGCAGUUGAUGCAAGAACAGAUUCAUAACGCGCUUUCCUAAUGGUAGCCCCAGGAGAUGAUGCAUAAGAAGACAGAGGGAUCAGAAUUAAUUAUGUGAUUCGGAUAUCCGCUUGUGCUAUUCCAUCAUCAUCAGUUGCCUUGCCCUGUUUUAGCAUGACAGUAUAUGAUGUAUUGAACUUCUUUUUCCAGUUAAGGUGACAGUGUGUGAUGUUUGUGCUAUUUCAUUAUCAUCAGUUGCCUCUUUUGCGCAUUUGUGAUGGUUUGGUGAUGACUGAAUGGUUUAUUGUUAA